GACUAUAUUGACCCCGACAAUCCAAUAAAGAGGGAUAUUCCUUCUUAUCCUAUUCGUCCUAGGGCUACUGAUAUUAACCCUAAAGCCCUUACCGAUGAAGACCUGACCACAAACGAGCGUGAAAGGUGGAGAGACAGACGAAGAGAUUAUGAACUUGACCUUCGCGAAUAUGACCGUAUUUCGGGUGCUAUCUCUCAGAUCUACCUUAUCAUUCAAUCAUCGAUCUCCUAUUCAAGCAAGCUUAUUAUUCAGCACCUACCGUCACGUUAUGCACCGACCACUGAAGCCCGAAAGCGGUCGGUCAUUAAGAAAUACCAUCAAAUGCACCGAAUUCCACACUCUUUGACCAUAGAUGCAUGGAUUUCACAAUGCGAGAACACUUAUAUAGAGGCUGUCCAAUUGGGUAUUAGUGAAGUCCAAUCAAAGACUAGACCACUUUUGGACUUCCUUGAUAGUCUAGCCUCUAUGUCUCCCUCCUUCGCCGAAUACUGGCAUAAUGAGAUCAAUCGGCUUGAAUCUAUAGGCCAAAUAGACUCUAUUGACUUCUUUACCUUGACAAAGAAGUAUAGGGAUUCUAUUAGGCUUAUUCCGCCUAAACGAGCCUCUUAUGUCAAUGCCACUUUUCGAGGACAAUCAGAAAAGGGCCAGGGCAAGAAGACUAAAAAGCCCUGUCCAUGUCAAGGGGGCGACUAUGAUGGUUACCACACAUUCAGUGAUUGUCCUUAUAUCAACCCUUCAAUAAGGACAGAAGGUUGGAAACCAGACCAAACAGUCCUUGACCGCUUUAAACAAGCAUGCACCUAUUCAGGCUUUAAAUAA